AUGGCUGGCGUGCUCACUCUAUCCCCAGUCGCCUCCCCUUUCCCUUGGGGCGCUGCCGCUGCCGCGACUUACACGGGCAAAGCGACCCUCGACUUCGACAUCGCCGCCCCCCAAGUUACGCUCGAGCUCGAUGGCUCCAAGAUCGUCGCCGAAGAUGAGAUCGUACAAGCUCUCGCAAAAGCAGGAGGCUUGGCAGAGGACAGUGCAAAGUCCUCUGCCUACUUCGCGCUGGCCAAGUCACUGCCCACCGUCACUGCCUUCCCUGAGAUUACGGCCGCGCUAGAUUCCCUGGACGAUUAUCUCGCCUUCCGCACCUUCCUUGUUGGGCACGAUGUCACUGCCGCCGAUCUUAUGGUCUGGGGCGCUCUCAAGGGGAGCGUGAAGAUCGUGGGUCUCCUCAAGAACAACAAGCACCCACAUCUUCUGCGGUGGUACUCUCACAUUGAAUCUCUUGAGUCAACACAGGCUGUCAUCGUGGGCUUGGCUGAGGCGAAGUCUGCGAAGGCGCGCUCCAACAAAACUGCGGCAUCCUUCGCGCUUGGUCUGCAGAACGCAAAGGAGGGCGAGGUUGUCACUCGCUUCCCUCCCGAGCCUAGCGGCUACCUGCAUAUCGGCCACGCCAAGGCUGCAAUGCUCAACCAGUACUUCGCCAGGAUGUACAAGGGCAAGAUGAUCAUCCGGUUUGAUGACACCAACCCUUCGAAAGAGCGGACCGAGUUCGAGGAAACCAUCCUCGAGGACCUGGCCCUGCUUGAGGUCCACGGCGAUAGGGUCACACAUACGUCGGACUACUUUGACAAGCUGUACGAGGAUGCUGUUCAGAUGAUCAAGCUCGGGAAGGCGUACGCCGACGAUACCGAGCAGGAGCAGAUGCGCAAGGAGCGUAUGGACGGUAUCGCAUCAAAGCACCGCGAUGACAGCAUCGAGGACAACCUUAAGCACUUUGCUGAGAUGAAGAUCGGGAGCGACGAGGGCAAGAGGUGGUGUGUCCGCGCGAAAAUGAGCGUCGACAACCCAAACAAAGCUCUGCGCGAUCCCGUCAUCUAUCGCGUGAACGUGCUCCCUCACCACCGCACAGGGGACAAGUGGAAAAUUUAUCCCACUUAUGACUUCGCUUGCCCCAUCGUAGACUCACACGAGGGCGUCACACACGCCCUCCGUACGAACGAGUACCGCGACCGCAACCCACAGUACCAGUGGAUGAUUGAGGCUCUCAACCUCCGCCCGGUCCACAUCUGGGACUUCAGUCGCCUCAACUUCAUCUACACACUCCUCUCCAAACGCAAACUCCACUGGUUCGUGGAUAGCGGCUUCGUGCGCGGCUGGGACGAUCCUCGCUUCCCUACCGUACGCGGCGUUCGUCGCCGUGGUCUCACGGUGGAGGCCCUGCGUCAGUUCAUGUUGGCGCAAGGUCCCUCUCAGGCUAUCGUCUCGCUGGAAUGGGAUACUAUCUGGACACUCAACAAGAAGGUUAUCGACCCCAUUGCUCCUCGCUUUUGGGCACUCUCUAGCAAGAACCUUGUGCCCGUUACGAUCAAGGGCGGCCCCGUCGCGCCUGAGACCAAGAGCGUCCCCAAGCACAAGAAGAACCCCGAGGUGGGCGAGAAGACGACAGUCUACUCCUCGCAGAUCUUUAUCGAGCAAGAGGACGUGGUCUCCUUCGACGACAACGAGGAGAUCACGCUCAUGGACUGGGGCAACGCCAUCGUGCGCACGAAGUCCAAGGACGGCUCUGGUGCGAUCACCGCGCUCGAGAUGGACCUCCAUCUCGACGGCGACUUCCGGAAGACGAAGAAGAAGGUGACGUGGCUCGCACAGCCCGCCGGCGCCCUCGUGCCCACAACGCUGCUCGACUACGACUACCUCAUCACGAAGAAGAAGCUGGAGGAGAACGACGACGUGAAGGACUUUGUCACGCCCGUGUCCGAGUUCCGCGAGGACGCGCUCGCGGACGCGAACAUCAAGGAGCUCAAGAAGGGCGACAUCAUCCAGUUCGAGCGCAAGGGGUACUACAUCUUCGACGGCGUCGCCGAGAGCGGCAGGUACGAGUUCAUCAACAUCCCCGACGGCCGCGCGGCGAGCAUCGCGAGCAAGGCGGCGGCGCCCGUUACCACGAUGUACAAGAUCGACAAGGUCUACGGAGACGCCACCCUCAAGACUCCAGUGGAGACCAAGAUGUACAAGGUGGACAGUGUGUACGACUCGUAG